AUGUCUGAAAUUUUAAAUUUCGAUGGGUCUGGUAAAAAAUGUAAUUUACCAUUAAUUCCUCAAACUUUGGAUAAUGGUUCACAAAGUGUAUUCUUGUUAGCUCAAUUAAUGCAAAAUAAUGUUGUUAUUAGUUCAUAUAAUCAUACAUUUCCAAAAGGUACUGGAUCAUCAUUUUUCAGUGAUUCAAAUAAAGUUAGUGUUUACAAUUCUGGUGAAAAUUUCCAUGUUGAAUAUAAAAAAGUUAAGGGUUAUAGUGGUGUUUUUUAUAACGAAGAUUGCACAAGUAAAGAUCAAAUUCCAACUAGUUCCGAUAUUCUAAGAUAUUAUGAUGGUGGUUUUGUUAUCAUGGGUAGUACACACUCAUACAAAUAUAAACUUAAUUUAAAUAGCUAUCUAUUAUUGGGUAUUACAUUACCAAUGAAUCAUUGCAAUAUUGAUAAUGUUUGA